AUGGAAGAGCAAAUGAAUACUGGUCACAUUGACCAUUCUGUUCGCGAGGAAUUGCCAGUGGCUGGUUCCGAGGAAGAAGCUAAAGCCUUGGACCAAUCCGAAGAUUCUGUCCGAGAAGUCGACAAUGUCAAGAUCCAGAGAGAAAGUUCUCCAGAGUCGGAUUUUUACGAGCCUCCGGAGCCUGAGACUGGAGCCGAAGAGUCCGAUCCCAUUGUGGAGGAAAAAUAUGCUGCUGAAGCUGAUGAAUCCUACAGCCCUCCUCCAUUCAGUCCAGCUCCUGUAGAGGACUUGACGGAGUCGCCUCCACUGCGAGAUCAAGACCUUGUAGAGGGACCAGCAGAGUCAUCUCGCUCUCGGGCUCAACCUCAAAAUGAAGCACUAACGUGGGCACGUCCGGGCCCUCAUUUUUCGGAACCCAGGAGGAACUUCCAGAUUGGGAUCUUUGGUGAUGAACCCAAAUCUCUUAAAUUUUCUCCCUACGUCAGCCCUUUGCGGUACUUCAAGGCUUAUCGCUACCACCCCAGCUACGCCCAAAACGUUUCGGACGGCUACCGUUCGCUAACAUACAGCCAUGACAUUGACACCAUGAAAUACUUCUGUCCCUAUGAAGUGGCAGGUGGUGUCUGCAACGAUCGGUCCUGCGACUUCCAGCACUUCCGGGACAUCAAACUAAGCGAUGAUAAGAUCCUCAUCGAGAUGGGAGCAGUCCGAGAAGGACAAACUGAAGAAGAAAAAGAGACCUACAUCGCCGGUCUCAAGGAGAUCAUCAACGAGAUGCGACGAGACAAGGUGAAAGAUUUCAGCACCGUGGCUGCCGAAAUAGCCGCAUACCGUAGGCGCUUUCUCCAAGACCCGUCGCGAGUCUUGCCCCUGUAA